CAGCGUAUCGGAUGGGUUCGCCCCGCCCCGCCCCGGAGAGAUUCAUUCAGUGCCUUCGGGAUGAUCUCUGCGCUUUGGGUCGUCUGAUACCAUGGGUUUCCCGGCGAAGUGGCGGUGUUGGGCCAACAACAGCAAGCGAAGCCUGGUCCCGUGUUACAGUUAGAUGUUUUUUGAUUCGUUGGGUCUGGGGUUACAGUUGUACGGAGAUCCCAUCCCCUACCGCGACGCGAGGACACGGCUCCAGAAUCCAGUCCUUCAGUCUGAGCGAGAUCCAGACCUGAUGAAACCCGCUGUGCAAGUCCUUUCGCCUCUAUCCUUGGCCUCACCUUAGGGCCUAGGUUUGUUUGUUUUGGUAGGAUGUUGUUUACUGUUACGAGAGGUCCCCGACUGUCGCUCCGGUUUUCCAUUGAAUUUUAAGGUAGGGCAUGUCUCAGGAUGGGGGGUCUGUGCGAUUAUGUGGGAGCUGUAGCUUGGACCCAAUUUAGAUCUGUCCUCAACUUCAACUUCAACCCUCAAGGUUGUAGACACUUACAGCCUUCACUGUACCCGAAAUGCUUUGGGUGGUUUACAGAUUAUAGAUUUUAAUAUAGCUGCACGGGACCUUUAUGCCCACUCUUCUACUGUCAGCUGCAUGUGCAUCACAAGUUGAUGCGAAGAACAGUAUUAAAUGGGCAAUCCACCGCAUGAUUGGUUGGCAAGUUGUCAUUGGGUAACACAAAAUGAACUUUGGCGACCUGUCGUCGUCUUUUGCCCCGAGAGAUUGUGACACGAAAAAUCAAGUUGCGGGUACCAAAGUUUAUUUGUGGUUCUCUGGAGCUGCUUCUCUCUUCAAAAGGACUAGUAGAUAAUAAGUCUGUGGCUGUGCCUUGCCUUGUCGUGGCCAGUAAUGGUCUCUGAGUGCUCUAUUGCUAGAGACAUAUACGGUGCUUUAGGUUCUUCGCACGUGGAGUAGCGUGCACAGAUUAGAUCAUCUCAAGAUGGAUUGUACUCGUGUUGUCGUGUGAUUAUUUGUAGCUUAUGUUGCUUUGUCCCAUGUAAAGCGGUACUGAGUUUUACAGCUGACUUUACGCUAAACUGAAAACAUAUGUCCAGAGAGAGAACCUUGCUCGAUCAGUAUUUAAAAAUCAAGAUGGUUAACUUCGGGAAGAAAUUGAUGGCAGAUCAAAUUCCAGAAUGGAAAGGAUAUUAUAUCAAUUACAAGUUGAUGAAGAAGAAAGUUAAACAGUAUGGCCAGCAGCUCCAGCAGGGGGAAAAAGAUCGUCGUCGGGUUCUGAAGGAUUUCUCGAAGAUGCUUGAUGAUCAGAUAGAGAAGAUCGUCCUGUUUCUGUUGGAACAACAAGGACUAUUGGCAAGCAGGAUUGAGAAGUUAGGAAAGCAAAGGGCAAUACUACAAGAGCAGCCAGAUAUAUCUGGCAUUGCUGAGUUACGAGAAGCUUAUAGGGAAGUUGGUAUCAAUCUCAUCAAACUUCUCAAGUUCGUUGACCUUAAUGCAACUGGCAUUCGGAAAAUCUUGAAGAAGUUUGAUAAGCGUUUUGGCUAUAGAUUUACUGAUUACUAUGUGACAAGUAGAUCGAAUCACCCUUACUCUCAGCUGCAACAGGUCUUUAAGCAUGUGGGUGUAGGAGCUGUUGUAGGAGCUUUGUCACGUAACCUUGCUGAACUCCAAGAACGUCAAGGAAGCUACUUAUCUAUUUAUGAUCAGCCAUCUUCUGCUCUUAAGGACCCCAUCAUUGAUAUGAUAAAUUCUUCAGUUGAUAAGUUGACAAGGUCAACUAAUUUUCUUCGCUUUUUGGGGCAACAUGCCAUGAUUGUGGAUGAGGAGUCUCCUAGCACUGCAGGAGAGGAAGAAAUAGAAGAUCAGAAAUACCAUUUCAUGUCCCUUAUGCUGAACCUGGUGAACACAUUCCUUUACAUGGUCAACACGUACAUCAUUGUGCCAACUGCAGAUGACUAUUCAGUGAGCCUUGGGGCAGCUUCUACUGUUUGUGGUGUGGUCAUUGGUUCAAUGGCUGUUGCGCAAAUAUUUUCCUCUAUUUACUUCAGUGCAUGGUCCAACAAGUCAUAUUUCAAACCGCUUGUUUUCAGUAGCAUUGUUUUGUUCUUGGGGAAUAUAUGCUAUGCUAUGGCAUAUGAUAUGAAGUCUCUAACGGUCCUUAUUAUCGGCCGUUUACUCUGUGGGAUGGGUUCUGCAAGAGCUGUCAAUCGCCGAUAUAUUAGUGAUUGUGUCCCUGCAAGGAUACGCAUGCAAGCUUCGGCUGGAUUUGUUAGCGCAAGUGCACUUGGCAUGGCCUGUGGGCCAGCGCUAGCUGGUUUACUUCAGUGGAAAUUCAAGGUCUACAUGGUUACAUUCAAUCAAUCGACUCUACCGGGUUGGGUGAUGGCAGUUGCAUGGCUAUUGUAUUUGAUUUGGCUAUGGUUCUCAUUCAAAGAACCGAACCGUGCUACCGAGGUGAAUGAAGCCCCACAAAAUCCUGCUUCUGGACAAACUGUUGAUAUUGGACGACUAGAGAAUGGAAUUGCACAGCCUCUGCUCAAGGAUUCCGUGGAUAAACAAAAUGAAGAUGAAGACGAAGUUGAUGAUAUUGAAGAAACUGCAGAUGAUUCUCGCAAACCUGCAACAUCAAUUGGCUCAGCAUACCGAUUGCUUACCCCGUCAGUGAAGGUCCAGUUGUUGAUAUACUUCAUGCUCAAAUACGCAAUGGAGAUUUUGCUUUCGGAGUCGAGUGUUAUCACCAAUCACUAUUUCAGUUGGAAUACAAGCGCAGUGGCAAUAUUUCUAGCAAUCCUAGGGUUGACAGUCCUUCCUGUAAACGCUGUUGUUGGAACAUACAUCAGCAAUAUGUUUGAGGACAGGCAACUCCUCAUGGUGUCUCAAAUUACGUUGCUAGUAGGCAUUAUCUUCAGCUUCAAAGUCACGAGCACAUACUAUGUCGUCCAGUAUGUUGUCUCAGCACUGGUCACAUUUGUUUCUGCCGAAGUUCUUGAAGGCGUCAACCUUUCCCUCCUAUCGAGCGUGAUGUCGUCCCGCCUCUCCCGUGGCACGUACAACGGUGGUCUCCUCUCGACGGAGGCUGGGACCCUGGCCAGGGUGGUCGCCGACUGCACCAUCACCGCGGCGGGGUACCUGGGCGUGGGGAAGCUCCUCAACGUCACCCUGCUACCGUCGCUGGUGAUAUGUGUUGCGUCCAUCGCCUGCACCUUCCUGACGUACAACUCGCUUUUCUGAUGGAGCUUCGCGACGUAUUUGUGUCGUCAUGAUUCGUUCCAAAUCAAGGCAGCUGGGAGACCGCCGUUGCCAUUGCCCGAAGGGGCUGUUGUGUUAUUAUAUUAUAUAUGUGCGUCGAUUUGAUUGCUGUAAAUUGACAAAAUGAUGGCAGCCACUGGCCUUGCCCUGCAAAAUUUUGAUCGCUUAUGUCCGUGACGUUGUCAAUGCUAUGUUGUGUUGACGUGUUGGUCCAAACUGUAAUUAUGCUACUCUCGACUGAUCUGAUCUCCGCUGCGAUGCGGUUUUGAGAGUGGAGUCGUACGAGAGUGGAUCGGCGUUUUUGUCCAUUGGGCUU